AUGCGUUUUCAGGAGGAUUUAAACGGUCUUGGUCGCGUUUUGAUUGCACUAGCGUUGGGUUCGAAUGCGGCACGUCGAGAAAAUAUCAACAAUAGCAUGAAUUUCAUUUCACAGCAAUGUACUACUGAUUUGAAAAACAUUAUCACGCUUCUGCUGCAAGCAUCAAUACAGCGGCCGCGUUCAAUCAACGAAGUGAUGCCGAUGAUUGGGGCUCGGUUUUAUGCCCAGUUGGAAACAACUCAAAUGAAGAAUGAUUUGCUGGAGAAUGAGCUAUCCAAAGAAUUGGAGAAUGGGCGUCUGUUUCGAUUGCUGUGUAAAUUGAACACAAUCACUGAACGAGCAGAGUUCCAAAUGGAUGUGUCGUGGAGUGAAACGGGAGAUCGGUAUUUGCUCAAAUUGUUUCGUGACUAUUUAUUCCAUCAAGUCAGUGAGACUGGAAAACCAUGGAUCGACAUGGCACACAUCGUCACUUCACUGAAUAAGGUUUAUCAAAACUCAUGCUCUCUGUAUAGUUAG